AUGAACAUUUCAUUGGAUCCAUUCUUAAUUUUAUAUGUUCCAAUAUUCUAUUCACCAAAAGAAUUUACUGAUGUUUUUAAGGAUUAUGCAAAAGAAUCAUUCCAAGUUUCAUAUGAAGUUUUGACAUCAUUGAAAGAUAUUGAUCUUUAUCAACAAUGGUCAUUAAUCAUUGAUGAAAUAUCAAAAAUCAUGAAACAAUCAGAAACAUUAUCAUUUGGUGCUGUAAGUUGGAAGCAACAUUUACUAAACAAUAGUGAUUUGCUCCAAGCAUUGCUAUCAUUUGAUUUCAGCAAACUCAAAUCGUGUGGUAGUUCCACGAAUAUCAUCGAAGCUAUGAAAAGCAAUGAUGUCCAAAGGUCAAGAAAUAAAAAGAUGGAAACAUCAUCAAGAGAUUGUUUGUUGGAAAUACAAAGAUAUAUUUCAACAAAAGAACCAAAUUAUGAAGUCUUGCAGUGGGCCAAAGAUAACAAUGCAUUUAAUAUCAAGACAAAACCAAAUGAUUUGCUUAAAAUGAUUGAAAGAGCAAAAAUUCCUAUUCAUCAACCAAUGCAUAUAGAUUUUGAAAAACUUGGAGAACUAUAUUUAUCUCCUGAUCCAACAGAAAACAAAGAAGAUAUGACUUGGUUCUUCCAUUACUGCCUUUAUUCAUAUAAAUCAUAUCUUUUAGAUAUGAUUGAAGAAGGUUCUCUCCAAAGUGCAAUGUCAUUCUCAGAAUUUCAUCCUGAAUUCAAGAAGUACUUAUAUGAUAUAUUUAGUAAUGGAAAUACAAAUAUAUUACAAGAAUAUCGAGAUCAAAUCGUCGAAGAUUUGUUUGUAAAUCUUUCAUCACAGAAGGAAUAUUUUCUUAAAACAACUGCAAUAAGAGCUAUUAAUCAGCUUUCGAAUCCUUCAGAUUUUGUUUCACCAUAUUGGGCAGAUGUCAUUCAUAAGAUCAAUCAUGUAAUUCCUCUUGAAAUUCCGUUAAUUUUCCCUGACAUGUCAUCAUCAUCGAUUAUUUCAUGUUUCAUCAAAGCGUCCAUUCAUUUUAAAGGUUUUGAAUAUCUUGAAAAUUCAGAAAAAUUCAUGAACUACCGAAAAUAUGCUAUUAAAGAUCCACCAAAUUCUUUAGAAGAUUUAGUUGAAAUCAUUAAGCAAAAAGAUCCAUCUUUAAUAGAAUUUAUUGAGCUUUGCAAAUCAAUUUAUGAACAAAAGGAAGUCGGUUUUAAUUUCAAUGAUGCAAUGUUAUACAAUCAAGACAUUUUAGAAUUUGCUCCAUUCUCAUCUAUUUUCUUUAAUAAGAAUCCUCAGUUGAGACAAAUUAUGGAUAUGUGUAUUCCAAAAGAUAAUGAUGGUACAUUUCAUUUUAAUGUUGGUCUCGCAAUUAUCAGACUCUUCACGAAUUGUAAUCUUAUAUCAGUGAAUAGCAAAAUUAAUCCGAGUAUUCACAAAAUGCUUAAAGAAAUUGUAGGUGGCUGGUAUAAAAUUCCUUCACAAUUCAUCGUUGAUUACAUUAUGAUUGUAGGCAAUUAUAAUGCAAGUAUUGAUCAACAAUACGACUACAAUUUAACGUCUUAUUUAGAAGAAGGUAAUGAUAUUGAUAAGAUUGCAAAUUUCAUCAUUGAAUCGAAUUACGCACAUUAUUUCAUUAGUAAUCUAAAGCAAACAUAUCCAAUUGCCAUUCGUAAAUUCGUUAAGAGAAAUGAUUUAAUUCCCUAUCUUGAUCAGUAUUUAGAGGAAGAUGGAGAAAACAAAGAUAUUGAAGUUUAUCUAAGUGAUAAUUUCAAAAUCUUAUUGAAAACUACUUUAGGAUACACACGAACAUUGUAUGAUUUCAUUCAGCAAUUCACAGAUAAAGAAGAUGCUAAAAAUAACCAAGCAAUUGCCAUUUUCGGUUGUUUGACAUCAAUCAGUGGAUAUAUUGCAGAUCAAAAUAUUGAGAAUGACUAUUUUAUCGAUUAUUGCAGAUACAUUUUCAAUAACUUUGAUAUUGAACAAUUCAAAUCUAUCAUCGAUAAGCCGAAGAAUGAAAAUCAAUUCAAUGACCCGUUUUCCAAGGCAAUAUUUUCAUUCAUUUGGAAUCCCAUUGGAUCAUUCACAGAUUUCUAUAAAAAGAAAUUAACAGAGAGUAAACUUUUGGCAAAUGCAGAAAUUUCCCAAAAUAAUUCACAAAUACAAGAAAUUAGAACUUCUAAUUUCAUUGAUUCAAUGCAGGAAGCAAUUAUGAAAGAUAGAAAAUAUUUUGCAGAUCAAAAUAAUAAAGAACAUGUUAAAGAAGAAAUUAAUGAUAAAUAG